UCCUCGGCACUGCCGAAAGCCACAGAGAGACAGAGGCGUAUAGAGACAGAGAGAGAGAGAGAGUCAACUGCUGCUCCUCUCCUCCGCCUCCGCCCGUCCAAAUCAGAAGGAGGAGACAGAGACAGCAGCAGACCUGAAGCCUCCUCCGUUGCUGCCGCCGCCGCCAAACCCAGCUAUCCCUUCACCCGAUUGUUAAAAAAUCUAACCUUUACCGUCCUUCGUUCUUUCAGUCCUCCCUCCCCUGAUCAGCCCCCGACCCCGGAAUCGUUCUUGUCUCGUUGAAAUCAGCGAGGGCUCAACUGGGUUCGACCGUGAUCGUCGAUCAGGCUGAAGCAAUGUCGGAAGCCGACGUCUCUUACAGUUGCGCGUCCUGUGCAUAUCCUCUGAACCUGAAAUCCUCAGAUCAAAUUGCCUCUGCUGCGAAUUCUGAACAUCGGAGAUCUGCAAAGAAAGACUUUGUCUCCUUCCAAUCAAUUGACCCCAGUCGGUUCACGCAGGAGGAUGAGGUCAGCUGUUUCCCCAUCUACUUGGGCCGUAGCCGCCCGAAGACUAAGCUCCUCUGCCGGAAGUGUGGAGUUCACCUUGGUCAUGUCUGUGGAGACUCAACUCCUUUCUGUGGCCUUCACUCUCCCAGCUCAUCUAGAUCCUCAAAUCAUAAGUUCUACCUAAAUAUCCAAGCUCUGCAGCCUACUACUGAGUGCUAACCUCAUCGAGACAACGACAGGAAACACAUCUUUCCAGAGAUUUUCUUACAUCUUCCUAAUUGACCCAUAACCGAUCUCUAACCCACCAAAUCGUUCAGUUUCAUUGUUCGCUUGCCCCAUAAAUGAGAUUAUCAUCUUAGAAAGCCCAAACAAAUCUUCAGAUUGAUUUCUCCAUAAACUUUUCCUUUUAGCACUUCGUAUCAUCUUUGUCCAUAUUUGACUGCUCUUCGGACCCAGUAUCAGUUUCAGCUCUAUAGUUCGAAGCUGUAAAUCUCUACCCGACCUAUUUUUUCUUCCCGAGCUGACGAUACCAAGUCUCAUAAAAGUUUCUUCUCUACUGCAACUGAAUGAAGAAAAGGAGUCAUGCAAUACCGCUCACCUAUUUGUGAUCAGUAAAUUUGAUUAUUGGAUUGUAGCUGUUGAAGUGACCAGGGAUCUCCCAACUCCCGGAUACUUGAAUGGGAGGAUUGUGUCGUGAAGGCAAGAUGGAGCACUAGUGUAACUCAGAUUGUAUAGUGGCGGCUUAGAGCUGAUGUGUAUAGUUUGAAAGUCGAUAAUUGACGACUCGGCAUGAGAAUCUCUUCAUUACAAAUCUCACUGAGUUUUAAGAGUACUUCGUAGACUCGGGUUUUUCUGAGAAAUAGUAUUUUCUUCUAUUGACUUCGAGCAUAUUGUGCCAUUGCCAUUUUGCGUGUACAGAACUUGCUGAAAGGCGUAAGUCUUUCUUUGACGCUAUGCAUUGGUUGUUCUUUGCCAUCAUUGGUAGGUUUUCA